CGUCACCCUCACGUGAACGCGCGGGGGAAUCCCUGGUCGGUCGAUACUCAGCCCCCUGUGAGCUGGUGUGAGGGCGAGUCCUGACACGGGCAUUGCUGAGCUUCGACGUGCAGGGCGCGGGACACUCAGGUGGGAGGGCAGCGUAACUCACCUGUCUCACAGCUUUAAGAGGCGGAACCGGAAGUCCUCCAAGACAGAAGCAGUCUGCGGACUGAGACGUCCAGAUUAUCCAGCUCCGCCAGGAAGUGCGUCGGUGUGUGUUUCGAUUCUUCAGCUCCAGCCAGCCACCAUGUUCGGACACCGGCCACAGACCGAGGAAUGAGGCCGACACCAUGCUGCUGAUCCUGCUCUGCCUCCACGCCUUCUCCCGGGUCGCGUCUCAGGCGGCGCCGCCGCCGCCACAGAACGUCCAGGUGGAGAAGGGUCAGCUGACUUGGACUCCAGGGGAGCCGGACGUCACCUACACGGUGAAUUACCGCAGAUUUAACUCUGAUAAAUGGGAAGCUCUUCCAGCCUGCAUCCAGACGCCGUUACAUUCCUGCAACAUAUCAGCGAUUGGGCCGAGCGACACUAACGGCUCGCCUGAGAACAGCUGCGUGACGCUGCGUGUGCAGGCCGAGAGACGGGGGCUGAGAUCUGAGGGUGUUAACGCCUGCAGCAGAUACGGUGACGUCUGCACGCCUCCGUUCAGCAUUUUGCCUCAGCCUGGAUCACUCACUGUACACCUGAGUGAGAACCACGAGCUGGCGAAGGAACACGCCGAGAAUGCCAAGCACCGGAUUUACUUUGGCAGAGAGGGAGAGAGUCCUCUGCAGGCGUAUAAAGACACUGUAGCCUCCACGACCAUUGAAGAGCUGGAGGAGGGGCAGCGGUACUGUGUUCAGGUGGCCUAUACGCUCCACGGGAUACCCAUGGAACCACGCAGCUGCAUCCAGUGUGAGGUCAUCCCUGCAUCAGAACACGUGAACAGGACGCCGAUGAUCGUGGGGCUGCUCGUCGGCAUCGUGGUCCUCGCCAUCAUCAUUCUUGCAUUGGGAUACCUCGGGUUUUUCCAAACUGAGAAAAUCAAACGCUGCCUGGAGCCAUAUAAAUAUGAAAUCCCACCGAAUCAGUUUCCUGGGGAAUUUGAAGUCCGAACAUUUAAUCCCACUGAAGAGCACUGUGACGACCUCCAGAUCUCUGACGGUAACUACGAGCCCAGAUCAGCACUCUGCCCUCCCGCCGCUGCUUCCUGAACUCUUGGAGAGGCUCCGCCCACUCACAGAGACUCCAUUCAGAGUUUACCAGCAGAGGUGACUGAGUCGCUCACCUGCUCCAGGUGAUGUAACCAUGUACCAUCUGGAAUAUUUACCUGUGAACACCUGGAUGCACCUGAUCUCAGAACAUUUGUGAACUACUCCCAUGAGGACAGCUGGUGGAGUAAAACCAGGAUGGAGCGCAGCGAGCAGCUUCCUGACACUAAUUUUAAUCACUGCGCUCUAACGACCAUCGCAGCAGAGGAGCGGGUCACUCUAGCAUUAACCAAGUCUUGUUUCUGAAUGACCACGCCUCCCUGAAUGUUCUCCACGCUGCUACUGCUUCAAACCUCUGACAGGAAAUAGUAGAAAACAGGAACUGCGUACACGUCUGUGUGCUCUUUCUCAAACUUCCUACAGUCCUGUUUAACUCUGAGUUAGUUUCUUUAUUAAUAACUGUCGGUGAGAGCGUUCCCAGGCAGGUGGGAAUCACACGCUCACUGCUGGAUCUGACUGGCUGCGGUAAGAGGACAGUCA